AAUCUUUCAACACCUCAUAGUGCAUUUUAAAUACUGCUUCAAUAAAUUGCUAUAUGCUAACUGAUAGCUACUGUGAUAUACAUAUUCUUCCCCGCUUUUCGAAUUCGUAGAAUUGUUUCACUUUUGAAUGCGACGUCGACAGCAUAGUUUGUAUAUGUUUUACGUACAUAACGACUUCUAAAAAGCACCCGAUAUAUUCAAGGGCAUCGGAUACUCUAAUACACGGAAAGUAAAAAAAUGCUUUUUAUUGUAGUUAAUGUUAAAUAUGAUAAAUAAUCAGAGAAAUAAGUGAAGCAAAAGUUGUAUAGAUCGGUACCCUAAGUUCAGAAAAUAAGUGAAUAAGUGAAAUAAGUGAUUUGUCGACUUUGCCCCAUUAAUAGUUUCUAACAAAAAUUUUGUAUCAAGUUGGAGGAUUUCUACACUAAAUGAUAAUGUUGCACAUCGCACCAACAAAAAAUAUACCCGACAAUACAGGACAACCUACAAAAAGCCAGCAAGUAAUUAGGGUGUCUACUGAUGGCGAUUUUAUACCGUUGAAGUGGAAUUGGGCUGAAACUUGGUUAACAGUACCCGUUAUAUUCAAGGACAUUUAUAAGAGAAUUUACGAUUUUGAAGUGAAAGAAGAUGAUGUCUUCAUAGUCACCUUUCCGAAAUGUGGUACCACUUGGAUGCAGGAAGCCGCUUGGUUACUGCUAAAUAACUUGGACUAUGAAGAGGCGAGUAGGUCACAUGUGCUUAAGCGCAGCGUCUAUAUGGACAUCAGUAUACUAUAUGAAAUGGGCGGGAAUGACAGUAUCGCAAUGGCUGCGGAGUUGAAAUCGCCGCGCUGCAUCAAAUCUCAUUUGCCACCGCAUUUGUUGCCGCGCCAAAUUUGGCAAAAGAAAGUGAAACUGAUUUACUGUGCUCGAAACCCGAAAGAUGUACUGGUCUCCUUCAGUCACUUUCUACGCGGAAAGGGCGCCUACCGAGGUAAUGCGAAAGAGUUCGUCGAUGAUUUCUUAAAUGCCAAUAUCACUUAUACACCUUACUGGCCACACGUUUUCACCAUGUGGCAAAUGCGUGCAGAGCCUGAAGUUUUUUUCAUCACCUUUGAGGAAAUGAAGAGUAAUCUGCGCGGAGUUUUGGAGCGAUUGGCUGUGUUUUUAGAGAAACCCGCUUUAACUGAAGCGCAGAUGGAGAAGCUAUUGAAGCAUCUUUCAUUCGAAAACAUGAAAGCAAAUCAGCAAGCGAAUCCAACAGAAUUAAUUAAAAACUCUGGUAAGAGAAUUGUUGCUUCUGACUUCGAAUUUAUGCGCCGUGGUAUAGUUGGCAGCUACAAAGAUGAAUUGUCCGAAGAAGAUCAGCGUCGCAUCAACGAGUGGUCAGAGCAGUUCCUAGGUCAAUUUAAUGUUAGUAUGACUGAUAUUUUUGGCGAUAUUUAGCGAUUUCAAUGGAGCG